AAGAUGUGGUGCCUCCUCGUACUGCUCUGCUGCCAAGGAAUUGCCUUUUCAGCAGGAUUUGCAACACCCUCCACUCUGAACUCAGACACAAGCCACCACAGGAAGACUCGCAACCCUGAAUGCUUUAUGAAUGUUAGUGAAAUUAUCAGAUAUCAUGGCUACCCCAGUGAGGAAUAUCAAGUUACCACAGAGGAUGGAUACAUUCUUGGUGUUUUCAGAAUUCCUGCUGGGAGGAACAGCCAAAAUACAGGGAAAAAGCCUGCAGUCUUGCUACACCAUGGUACUUUAGGAGAUUCUAUUCAGUGGAUUUCUAACCUGCCCAACAACAGCCUAGGCUUCAUCCUCGCAGAUGCUGGCUAUGAUGUCUGGAUGGGAAACAGCCGAGGAGACACCUGGUCUUUAAAACACAAGACCCUUAAGCCCUGUCAGAAAGAGUUCUGGCAAUUCAGCUUCGAUGAGAUAGGCAAAUAUGAUGUUCCUGCAGAGCUGUACUUCAUCGCGAAUAAAACUGGACAGAAAGAGAUAUACUAUGUUGGUCAUUCAGAGGCUUCAACUGCAGGCUUCAUUGCAUUUUCUACUUAUCCAGAGUUGGCUCAAAGGGUUAAAGUGUUCUUUGCUUUGGGACCAGUAGCCACAAUCACACAUGCAAACAGUCCUCUGGUAACAAUUGCACGUCUUCCCCAACCACUGAUCAGGAUACUAUUUGGCUGUAAAGGAGUUCUUCAACAGAAAGAAUGGAUGAAAGAGCCCCUAAUAUGGAUAUGCAGAUCUCUGGGUAAACUUUGUGCCAGUGCCUUCAGCUUCAUAGCUGGGGACAAGGUGCAAACUCUGAACACGAGUCGAAUGGAUAUCUAUGUAGGACAUGAGCCUGCUGGAACAUCAGUACAGAACAUUAUUCAUUGGCAUCAGAUAGCACAUGCAGACAAAUUUCAAGCUCUUGACUAUGGCUGUAAGGAGAACAUGAAGAAGUACAACCAGUCUACUCCUCCUGAGUACAAGAUAGAGAAGAUAAGCAUACCAACUGCUGUCUGGAGUGCUGGACGUGACAAAUUUGCAGAUCCAAAAGACAUGGCAAGGCUACUUCCCAGGAUUACUAAUCUUAUUUACCAUGAACACUUUCCUUCAUGGGGACAUCUUGAUUUUGUAUGGGGCCUUGAUGCAGCCACAAUGAUGUACAGAAAAAUUGUUGAACUAAUAGCAAAAUACCCUUAAAGCUUUACACAGGGCAUUCAUUCAUUCAGUAAAAAUCCCAAAGAUUUCUGUUUACCAGUGUCAUGGUUUGACAUGGGUGCCU